AUGAAUCGUGCUGUCGCGUUUGCCGAUCACUCACGAAAGACGGUUACUUGGUGCAGUCUAGACUGGUAUUCGGUUUCGGACGCAUUUCAGCUAUUCAGUGGUAGCUCACUGACUCCUCGCAAUCAUUUCCACGCGCCAUCGCUCCUAUUCAGCGUGUGCUAUUUACACAAUUGGUUGGCCUACCUUUCGCGCUUGGAACUGUACGGUUCGUGUCUGGGCUACUCACGCCCACUGAAUGCGGGCACAUUGAGCAGUAUGGCUUCCAAUUGUCUGACUCCAGCCAGUUUGGGUUGUGGUCAGUGUGCUGCAUUCGAUGCGUGGCCGUUGUGGUUGUUGUGGCGUGUGAGUCGUGUAUUGUGUCGUUUUGUGGCAUUUUGUACCACCCGUCGUGUUUAUUCGGAUGAUUCGGCGGGAGAGUCUGCUGUUAAAAAUAUCGCUUGUGUUCGUUUCCCGUUCAGUGAUUUGGACGAGAUCUGA